AUGGGGAGUGGUGACAGCGACAUCCGAGACGAUUUUCCCCCAAAAUCGCGGAUUUUCGUCAACGCGGAACCCGCGGGGCGCCUUGGGCUUGUUCCGUACCGGGGCCACGCCCCCAAACAACAUGAGACCACGCCUUUCAGACCAUAUAUGCACACGAACCACGCCCUCUUCCGCAUCCGAUUAAUCGACCACGCCCCUUGGCGCUGCAAGCCACGCCUCCACUCCGCACGCAGACCGCGUCCCACGUCCACAUUAGUAUUCGAACCACGCCCACAUGGCCAUAUAAGUACACAGACCACGCCCCCAAACACCCCCGGUAACAGACCCCGCCCCUUUCCCCGCGCCUCCGGGCCGGCAGGCGGCGCUGUGGCGCGGCGCCCCCUCAGCCCCGUGAGGCGGCGCCGGGCCGGGCCUGGGGAGCUCCGAGCGGCCGCGCUCCGCCGGCCCCUGCCCGCCCCUCCGCUCCUCUCCCCGCGGCCCCGCUCCUCCCCGCUCCCCCGAGCAGCCGCCGGUGCCCGGGAUGAGCCGCCCGCGCCGGCCGCAGGGCCGGGCUCGCCGAGCGGAGCCUCGCGGGAUGGGAUCGCUCCAGAUUUCCUGGAUAAUUUAUGA